AUGAAGUGGUCGAUCUUGGCUCUGCUUGCCACUUCCUGCAUCGCAUCUCAUGUCAACUUGGACAAGAAGAGUAGCUGUAUAGGUAUACAAUACGACUUUGGCGACAACGGAGGGGCCAAUGACACCCGAGCCGAUGCUGUCAAGGCUGCCUACGUCGAUGCCUGGAAUGAUUACGCAGAUCAUGCAUUCGGAUUUGACGGAUACAAUCCCCUGACCAAGACUGGAACGACUGGGUCUGGCGGAUGGGGUCUGAUCAUCAUUGACGGUUUCGAUACUGCCGUCAUUAUGGGCCUUAAGGAUAUCGCGGAUAGGCAAUUGCAGCAUAUUGCGAGUCAAAACUUCAACGUCAGUACGGAUCCUCAGAUCGAUGAAUUCGACACCAUCAUUCGGCUCAUUGGAGGUCUACUAAGCUCUUACGAUCUCAUCACCUCGCAGCUUGUGCCUUUUGCUGGAGACUACAAUCAGACUCAAGUCGCCAAGCUGUUGGACGGUGCAAAGACGCUCGCAGACUUCUUGUCUCCAGUGUUUUCAUCACCAACCGGUCUACCCUACUUUUGGAUCAACACCACCACUCGAGUUCCAUCCGAAGGAUUCUUCCAGAACACAGCGACGUUCGGAACUGUGAUUUUGGAAUACCACCGUUUAUCCGAUCUCACCGGGGAUGAGACGUAUCGAAACCAAGCUGACAGGGCUGAGGCUUGGCUUUUAAACCCUCAACCGGCCCCAGUCUAUCCUAGUCUCGUUGGAAGUCAAGUCAAUAUCGACUCUGGUCAGUUCGAGAAUGAAAAUGCAGGUUGGCAAAGUGGUGUGGAUAGCUUUUUCGAGUACCUCAUCAAGUCUGUGGUAUAUGAUGAUACUCAACAAUACGCUGGAGAAUACCAAUCAUUCUGGACGACAGCCGUGGAGUCCACGCAGCAACAUCUGGCUGUUCAUCCUUAUAAUCAUUCUGAAUUGACGUUCAUCAAUAUCCUCAAUAAUACAGGAUAUCCCACAGACGAAAUGGACGAUUAUUCCUGCUUCGCCGGUGGCAACUGGUUACUCGGGGAGCAUACCUGCCAUGCACUGUACAAUAGUACCGCCUCAGGCUUGAAUCCUCUGGCCAUUGGAUGGUACGAUGCGGAGACAAAUUUGGCGUACGAGGCGAAAUACAAUAACGACAGCUCGGAAGCUGCUGUCGCUCGAGCGAAUGCUGAUGAGUGGGGCUAUUUUAUCAGAUACGACGACUAUGGAGCGCUCUAUACUUUAUACCCUGAACCUAUUGAGAGUAUGUUUUACGCUUGGCGGAUCACCGGAGAUGAAAAAUGGAGAGAUUACAAUUGGGAAGUGUUCCAAGCUCAACAGAGAGAUGGGAAGAGACCUCCAGUGACCAUGUCGAGUCUUUUCAACGUCAGUAUGCCCAACGGAGGUGAUCAGUAUCCAGAUAUACCGAGUUACUACUUUGCAGAGACGCUCAAGUAUCUCUAUCUCACAUUCGCGGACACGGAUCUGGUAAGGCUGGACGCCUUUGUUUUCAACACCGAAGCCCAUCCCAUGAGAGUUCAGAAGGGUACAUGUGCUGCUGCAGAAUCCAGCUAG